UUAAACGCGUUAUCACCUCUACCAUAACCUUAAAGAUCAUCAUAUGACAACGACAUCGACAAUGACGUUCGGAGCACAGUCCGCCGCAUUAAGCUACCCUAAUUAAAAACACGCAUCAUGAUCACAUGCAAAAUUUGUAUCUUAACUCAAUUCUUCCAUUAUACCCCAAAAUUACGUAAUCAUACACCAAACUUCCCACUUUUUCCCUUUCUUUUAAUAGCCAAAAUUAAAAAUAAACUCAAACCCCCUAAAUUAUCAAAUAAAAUCCAAUUAAAUAAAAUUAGAUGCUUUUGAUCAUGACUUUGAUAGUUAGUUACUCCAAUCACAUUUCUUAACUUCAUCACUCCUUCACUCACACACUCACUCAAACUCACUCACGUUUUUCUUUUCUCUCUCACUCGUCGAGUGAUGGGCCGCAACUCACUGAGUUCGGCAGAACUCGCUUCGGACGACAAUGGCGAUCUAGGGUUUCGUUCCAAUCACGAUCGAUCUCUCUUCAAACGCGCUCAUCCUCUUCCGCAUAAUUCCGACGCUUCUAAAUCAUCUGAUCGUCAAUUCUCAAGCGCCGGUCACCGGUUGCGUUCGCGUCGGAAAUCGUUUCAAUUGAAAGGAAAUUCGUUGAUUUAUGGUGUGAUUUUGCUUGCGGUGUUUGGAUUUGCGUUCGCUUCAAUGGUGUUGCAGAGCUUUAUAACUUCUGUGUUUAGGCAAGGCGGUGAUGGCGGUGAUGCGUCGACGCACGGGUUGAGGCUUGGGACUGGUUUGAGGUUCGUCGCUUCGGCGAGGUUUCGAGACGAAGGUCGCCUUGAUCUGCUUAGGAAGUUGCCUAGGAAUGGCGUUAGACCUCCUAAGCUUGCUCUUAUUUUAGGUAACUUGAAGAAAAAUUCUGAGUCAUUAAUGCUAUUCACAGUGAUGAAGAAUUUACGACACAUUGGCUACACGCUGAAGUUAUAUGCUCUGAAGGAUGGUGAAGCACGAACAAUGUGGGAAGAAAUAGGAGGUCAAAUGACAAUUUUAAAUCUUGAAAGAUAUGACCAUUUUGAUUGGUCCCUUUUUGAAGGUGUCAUUGCAGACUCUCUUGAGGCAAAAGAAAUAAUAUCAAGCCUCAUGCAGGAGCCAUUCUGUUCUGUGCCACUUAUAUGGAUUAUUCAAGAGGAUAAGCUUGCAAAGCGCCUUCUACAUUAUGACAAAAUGGGUUGGGACCAUCUUAUUUCCCAUUGGAGACAAGCACUUGGCAGAGCUGAUGUUGUUGUCUUCCAUGAUUUUUUCUUACCGUUGUUAUAUAGUGCCCUUGACUGUGGAAACUUCUUUGUGAUUCCUGGAUCACCAAAAGAUGUGUGGGCUGCUGAAAGCUACCUUAAAACUCACUCCAGAAAUGAUUUGCGGAAGAAAAAUAAUUAUGAUAUAGAUGAUGUGCUGGUUGUGGUUCUUGGAAGUUCCUUCUUCUACAAUGAACUAUCUUGGGAUUAUGCUGUUGCAAUGCAUACUAUUGGACCCCUUCUUGCUAAGUAUGCCAAAGGGAAGGAUGCUGCUGGAUCCUUUAAAUUUAUUUUUUUAUGUGGAAACACUAGUAAUGGAUCUAAUGAUGCUUUAGAGGGUGUUGCUGCUCACCUACGACUUAGUCCAGGUUCCAUGAGGCACUAUAGCCUGGACCAUGAUGUGAAUGGAGCUUUAUUGAUGGCUGACAUAGUUCUAUACGGGUCAUCACAAGAAGAAGAAGCCUUCCCAUCGUUACUAAUUAGAUCAAUGUCUUUUGGGAUUCCUGUAGUUGUACCUGAUCUUCCAGUCAUAAGCAAAUACGUUGUUGAUGGUGUCCAUGGAAUGAUUUUCUCUAAACAUAAUCCAGAUGAUUUGCUGAGAAUCUUCUCGCAUUUAAUAUCAAAUGAAGGGAAACUCUCUGAAUUUGCUGGUGCAGUUGGCUCUUCCGGGAAGCUUCUUGCCAGGAAUUUACUAGCUUUUGAAUCCAUAACCGGCCAUGCAAAGCUUAUGGAAGGUGUGCUUCAUUUUCCUUCAGAUUCAUUGCUUCCUUCUCCGAUAUCUCAGAUUCGACAGGAUUCAUGGGAAUGGAAUUCCUUUAAUGAAGUGAUGGAACAGACAGCUGCCGACAUGAUAAGUAAAGAUGAAGAAGGCAUUAUAGUAGAAGGGUCUAGCAUUGUUCAAAAGCUUGAGGAAGAUUUUAAUAGUUUAGUGAACUUGAAAAAUAUAUCUGUGGAGAACAGUGAUGUCAUAGAAAGGGAUCUUGUGAGCAAUGAAGAUUUGGAUGAUGUUGAACAAAUUGCAAGCUUUGAAGAGUAUGAGAGGCGAGAAAUGGAUCAGAUUGACGAAAGAAUGGAGAAGGACCCUGGUAUUUGGGAUGAGAUAUACCGAAAUGCUCGUAAAUCUGAGAAACUCAGGUUUGAAGCAAAUGAAAGGGAUGAUGGAGAGCUACAAAGAACAGGUCGUCUAAUGUGCAUUUAUGAAGUUUAUAAUGGUGCUGGGGCUUGGCCACUUUUGCAUCAUGGUUCCCUGUAUCGUGGUUUAAGUCUUUCUAGAAGAACACGGAGGUUAAGCUCAGAUGAUGUGGAUGCAGCUUAUAGGCUUCCAAUCUUAAACGAUCCCCACUACCGGGAUCUUCUCUGUGAAAUGGGGGGCAUGUUUUCUAUUGCACAAAAGGUGGAUGAUAUUCACAAGAGGCCAUGGGUUGGGUUUCAGUCAUGGAAAGCUUCGGGUAGAGAGGUUUCACUGUCAUUAAAAGCAGAAAGGAUUCUUGAAGAUACAAUACAGCAUCAAACCAAAGGAGAAGCUAUAUACUUCUGGACAAGAUUGGACAUGGAUCUAGGUCUUUCAGAAAGCAAUAGCUUGACUUCCUUUUGGUCAGUAUGUGAUGUCUUAAAUGGAGGAUACUGCAGAACAGCAUUUGAAGAUGCUUUCAGGCGUAUGUAUGGCUUGCCUUCAAAUGUUGAUGCCCUUCCCCCAAUGCCUGAGGACUCUGACCACUGGUCUGCCUUGCACAGCUGGGUCAUGCCAACUCCGUCGUUUCUAGAAUUUAUGAUGUUUACCAGGAUGUUUGUUGAUUCUCUUGAUGCCAUACAUUAUGACAGUAGUAUAAUAACUCCAUGUCCACUGGGAGUUUCGGAAGUUGAGAAAAAGCACUGUUGCUGCCGGGUUUUGGAGCUUCUAGUCAAUGUCUGGGCUUAUCAUAGUGCACGGAAGAUGGUAUAUGUCGAUCCACGUACAGGUCUGCUUGAAGAGCAGCACCCAGUAGACCAACGGAAGGGAUUUAUGUGGGUUAAAUACUUCAACUUUACACUCUUGAAAAUCAUGGACGAAGACCUUGCAGAAGCUGCAGAUGAUGGUGACCUGCAACGUGAAGCCUGGUUGUGGCCACUGACAGGGGAGGUGCACUGGCAAGGUAUAUAUGAAAGAGAAAGGGAGCAAAGAUACAGGAUAAAAAUGGAUAAGAAACGGAAAAUUAAGGAGAAACUUUUUGAGAGGAUGAAGUAUGGAUAUAGACAGAAAUCUCUUGGAGGAUGAGAAAUCUCUAGUGCUCAACCAAAAUUUGUUAUUGGAAGGCACAGAUUUCCCCCAAAAUACCUGACCUUUUUUACUUAGUUGGGAAUUGGAUAAAGCCAACCUACGCCAGCGACAUUCUUUGCUAACCACCUUAACAGAUCACUCAUUACUGUGCAUAUAUAUAUAUUCAUUUAUUGGGGGUGAAAUACCUACGAAGUAUGGAGUGGAACAGAUGACUCGUCGUCAGGAGCUUCUUGAUACAGAUUACUGAAUUUCAAAUAGCGGCAGAUGCAUGAUGAUUAGGUUGAGAGAAGCAAUGUCAUUUGUUAAUUAUUUUUGCUUACUAAUUGGUGCUGAAUGAACAUGUAUAGUCUACUGCAAUUGUAUAUUUGACAGUGGCAUGAGGUGCAAAUUUUGUUCCGAUUUGUUGCUUUAUCUCUCCAAAUAUAGCACUAUAGCCAUUUGAUUCAAUACAUUUUAGCUCCAAACACUCAUACAGAAUUAUAAAUCACAAGCCAUUAAGGCAUCAAUGUAAAAUCAUCUUUUACAAGU